AUGGAGGUUGACGGUGGUUAUGGAUCGGCGGAGGAAGGUUGCCGGACACCCAAACGAAGUGGGAGUCGGAUGCCGAUGAAAUGCCCGGCGGCCCCGAAGAAGAAGCCUGUUCAUUCAAAGCAGAAGAAACCGCCGGCGAAUGGGUAUUUCCAGUCACCGGAUCUUGAGAUUUUCUUUGCAAUGGCACGAAGAAGAGAAGCUUUUUUCUCUUUUUCUACUUUAUUGUUUCUAGUUACUUUGAUUCUGUUUCGUUGUGUUUCGGAGAAUUGA